GUCCUCAUCUUCUUCAUCAUGGGACUGGUGGGUUUCCUGAUCUGCCAUGUCCUGAAGAAGAAGGGUUACCGCUGCAGGACUUUCCGGGAUGAGCUUGACCCAGAUAACAAGGAUGUGCUGGCAGAGCUUCAGGCCAAUGAAGAGGAGGAGGUGAAUGAAGACACUGUGGAGAAGAUUGUGAGAUGCAUCAUCCAAAAUGAAGCAAAUGCAGAGGCCCUCAAGGAGAUGCUGGGGGACAAUGAAGGGGACAUCCCUGUGCCAGUGCCCAGCCUCUGUCCCCACCGUAACAGCCAGGAUGGAGGGCCACCACAUCACCACACAGUGCACCUGGGCUCCACACAGGCCCCCUGCAUCCACUGCAGCAGGAGGAAGAGGCCCCCACUGCAGCGACAAGGACGAUCUAAGGAGGGCAAAGGCAGGAUGCAUCCUGGAGAAACCACUGUCUUCUCCGUGGGCAGGUUCCGUGUGACCCACAUCGGGAAGAAACCCACUUUCCAGGAGCAGCAGGACGGUGCCCUGCCCGACGGCAGCCGGGAGCUGAGCACCGAGGAGUUGGAGAACAGCAGUGACCGGCUCCAGCGGGAACAGGCUCGCAAUGGGACAGUCCCCACCGGCGGGCUGCAGAACGGAGACAUCCAGAAGGGUACUCAGAGCAGCAAAGUAGGGGAGCAGAGCCUCUGCACCCCCCCAGCCCCGAACACACCGGGCAGCUCCAGCACUCGCGACAGCCGCCGCACGGGCAAGGGGGCGGGCACAGGCUCCCUGCAGGAUGCUGGCAGUGCUCCCGGCAGCAGCAGCCGCCAGAAGAAGCUCCUGAGCCUUAAGAGGUUGGGAGGAUCAAGUCCCAGCAUCCCAGGAGAGCUGGAGAAGGAAGGAGUCAGCAUCUGCCUGGAGGAGACCGGACUGGGGUCAGCAGAUGAAGUAUCGGAUAUUCACGGCAGCUUGAGUCUGCAUGAAAAGCCUGAUGAGGUGGGAAGAGAGGACAGCAGCAGAAAACAGCCUGGAGUGGAGGAUGUGGGGCAGCAGGAGCCCCGUGCUGCGGUGCAGGACCGAGGAGCGACUGUGUGA